UUGUUCAAAUAUAGAUCUACUUAUUCGUUUUUGUUGCAAAAAGUGGUCAGUUCUACGAAACUAAACAUGGGUAACGGUAUAUCCAAUGAAAAUAUAAAAGCGAUCGUGAAACGAACAAGGAUGAGAACGAAGGAGUACGAAUCAGCUAUUGCUAAAUUAACGGAAAGUAAACCAACAAGUCCAUCUGUAUCGGAGAGAAUCACCAUAUGGAUUGAUGUUCAAGGACGUCCUGAAAAAGUGAAUCUAAGAAAACGAUCAUCCCCUGCAGAACAACGGCGAGCUAUUGCUACUCACUUCGGACUCUCUCCUGCUGUUCAGAUCGAAAUAAGCGACCCGCAAGGAAAUUUGAUUAUCGAUGAACUAGAAGCAAAUGCUCCCGACCUACCUUACUUGAUUGAAUGCAGAAUGACAUUGCCGCCAGAACUUGAUGGAGCGGCAGCCCAAGUUACAGGCGGUGCUGAAUUUGAGGCUUUACUGGAAGGAAUCGUGACUUCCAUGAGCAUCGACGUUUGGGAGUACGAAACAAACCAACUGCUCCGCUUGAUUGAAUUUAUGUUUCUUGAUCUUGGCGUUUUAGACGAGUUGAAAAUAGAGAUGGCCGAUCUUCAUACAUGGCUUGUGGCGGUUGAACACAACUAUCGUACUGUCCCAUUUCACAACUUCCGCCAUGCGUUUUCAGUCACUCACAUGAUGUACUAUAUCAUCAGAGAGUGCGACCUUUCCUCUAUGUUCACCACGCUUCAACUUGGUGUCUUGCUUGUCGCAUGUAUAUGUCAUGAUUUGGACCACCCGGGACUGAAUAACAUGUAUCAAAACAAGGCAAAAACCGAUAUCUCUUUGCUGUAUGAAAACUGCUCUCCGCUAGAACAUCAUCAUUGUGCAGUUGCGUUUCAAGUGUUUUCCGUGGAAAGCCUGAACAUAUUCAGAAAUAUUUCCGAACAGGUUCAAGGAGCCGUUACCACCAUGAUCAUUGAGCUUAUUCUUGCAACGGAUAUGGCACUACAUAAUGAAAUCUUAGAAGAGUUUCUACAGAAUGUCAAAAACGGGUUCAGCAUAGACAACGCAGAGCACUCCCUGUCUUUGCAGAAGAUUCUAAUCAAAUGUUGUGAUAUUUCUAAUGAAGUUCGCCCACUAGAGUUUUCAGAACCUUGGGUGGAUAGACUUCUCGAAGAGUUUUUCUUUCAAGCCGACGUCGAGAAGGAGGAAGGCUUACCAGUUGCGGGAUUUAUGGACCGCGAUAAAGUUCACAAAUCACGUGAUCAGUUGAAGUUCAUUCGAGCCACUCUCAUGCCGCUUUUUAACGGCUUAUCAGAUGUCCUUCCACCUUUGAGAAACGUAAUGUCCAAUUCCCUCAUAGAAUCUGAGCGGUACUACGAAAGAAUGACAGACAAGGAAUCUAAGGCUGAGAAUGAAACUAAGACUACCCCGAGCAAGUAAAGGCUAUAAUGAAGUUACUGGUUACGCAGUCUGUUUUAAUUAUGCUAAUUGUGUAGUUCAGAAUUGAGUGUACAUAUAGCUUGCAUGUAUGAAUUUUACACUCGUGUUAUUCCUUUCGGCUGUUAUUUGAACUUUCUUGUGAAACUUUAUGCUCGUUUUUUUGUAUGCAUCUCAUUUAUGCGUCUUGUUAUAUUGUGUACUUGAGAAUUGGCAUUUUACAAAUUUAAAAUAAAAAAAUGUUUAGGUAUCUAGCUAAAUAAAAUGUAUGGAUGAAAUUCGUCAUGAGUCUUGUCCAUUAAUAUAGAUCUAGAAUAAUUGUUAUCAAUUCAAAUUGGCGUUGCUCUAUUCAAGUACAGAACAAUUUUUGAGUGUGAUAUUUGUAUGUGCUGCUGGGGUGCCAAUGGGGCAGUUUUAUGACUCCACAUGUUAUGUACUACUGUAGCAUAGUGUUGUCCAUGUACCAUAUUUCCGUUUUAUAUAUUAACUCUGUUUUUAAAAGAAAUUUGAUAAGAUUCUUUAUGAGAAGAAUUUUCUGUUUCUGUCUUAAAUUGAAAAUUUCAUUGAAGUGUAUAGUCCUCAUAAAAGUUUGUUUUUGUAUAUUAUAUAUAUGAGGUGUUGUUUA